AUGUCUCUGUCAUACGCACAGAGGAAGCGUCACUUGGAAGCAGAGGAUCCACAGCCCCCCCAUGCUAAAGAGGGAGAGGAGGACUCACCCCCUCACAUUGAAGAAGGAGAAGAGGAGGAGCCAGAGCCAUCCCACAUUAAAGAGGGAGAUCUCUGGAUCAGCCAGGAGGGAGAGUGUCUUCUAGUGCAGGAGGAGGCUGAUCUCACCAAGUUUCCACUGACUGUUGUCUCCGUGAAGACUGAAAACCAUGAAGACAAACCACCUGAGUCCUCACAGCUUCACCACAGUCCAAAUGUCCAGCAGCUGAUUGGUUGUCAAGAAAAAUGUCUUCUACAGCCACAAGGUGGUAGCGUCACUUUAAAGCAGGAGGAUCCACAGUCCCGCCUUAUUAAAGAGGAAGAGGAGGAAGUGUGGAUCAGUCAGGAGGGAGAGUGUCUUCUAGGGCAGGAGGAGGCUGAUCUCACCAAGUUUCCACUGACUGUUGUCUCUGUGAAGACUGAAGACCAUGAAGACAAACCACCUGAGUCCUCACAGCUUCAUCACAGUCCAAGUGAUGAAAACAUAGAGGUGGAGCCUCCAAGCAGCAGCUCAACUCAACACAUGACAACAGAAGCUGAUGGAGACCACUGUGGACGAUCACAAGCAGACAAGCUCUUAGCUCCACUAUCAGAUAGUGACGACAUAACGUCAGACAUUGAUGUAAAUAUGGAAUCACACAUGAGAACACACACAGGAGAAAAACUCUUUAGUUGUUCAGUUUGCACAAAGGGCUUUGUUAGAAAAUGGCAGUUGACACGACAUAUGACAAUACACACAGGAGAAAGACCUUAUAGGUGUUCCGUUUGUACAAAAGGCUUUGUUAGAAACUCUCAUUUGUCUCGUCACAUGAGAACACACACAGGAGAAAAACCUUUCAGUUGUUCAGUGUGUGGCGAAAGAUUCGCUUUCAAAUGUAACAUGCAAAUACACAUGAGAACACACACAGGAGAAACCCCCGACAGUUGUUCUGUUUGUGCAAAAGUCUUUGAUAGAAAAGCUCAUUUGUCUCGUCACAUGAGAUUACACACAGGAGAAAAACCUUUCAGUUGCUCAGAAUGCGGCAUCAGAUUCUCUUACAAAUGUAAUAUGCAAAUACAUAUGAGAACACACACGGGAGAAAAACCUUUCAGUUGUUCAGAAUGCGGGCUCAGAUUCUCUAACAAAUGUAAUAUGCAAAUACACAUGAGAACUCACACGGGGGAAAAACCUUUCAUUUGUUCAGUGUGUAAUAAAACAUUCUCUCGCAAACCUAAUAUGCUGUUACACAUGAGAACACACACAGGAGAAAAACCUUUAAGUUGUUCAGUGUGCGGCGAAAGAUUCUCGCGCAAACGUACUAUGCAAUUACACUUAAAAACACACAGAUGAGAAUAACGUUUACUUUUUGAAAGUCCUCUUUCACUAAUAAUCUACUGCAGGGCUACUCGAGAGUCUGAAAAUAAGUUUGGGUCUGGACUACGAGUCAGCCUGGGCACAAUCUGGACCCAGCCACCCAACUUUGUUAUAAAUAUUAAAAUAUUGUUGAGUUUGUCGGUUAGAAAUUAAAUAAAAACAUGGUUUAGAGUAUUUAAAUAUGAUCCACAACAAUCUGUUAAAGAUAACUGUUUCAAUGUGUCACUUAAAAUCAAAAUUGGUAUAGUAUCACAUUCACAUAAAAGUGUUUAAAUACUUCCACAGGAAUACAUCACACCCUGACCUUUGACAGUUAUCCUGACCAGGGUUUCCGUGGGUCAUUAAAAAGCAUUAAAAGUAAUUAAAUGAAUUUUGCAAAAUUUUAGGCCUGAAAUGACAUUAAAAAUCAUUUUGUCACCAUGAUGUCAGGGGCAUUAAAAAAAAUCCUUAAUUGUUAUCGAUAGUCAAUAAAUCGAUUAUUUGAACAAUACAUUAGAAUUAACUUGAUAACUUUGCCAUAAAUUCAUCCAUAAAUUAUAAGUUGUGAAGUGAAGUGAAGUGAAUUAUAUUUAUAUAGCGCUUUUCUCUAGUGACUCAAAGUGCUUUACAUAGUGAAACCCAAUAUCUAAGUUACAUUUAAACCAGUGUGGGUGGCACUGGGAGCAGGUGGGUAAAAAGUGUCUUGCCCAAGGACACAACGGCAGUGACUAGGAUGGCGGAAGCGGGAAUCGAACCUGCAACCCUCAAGUUGCUGGCACGGCUGCUCUACCAACCGAGCUAUGUCGCCCCAAGUUUCCUUUUUUUUUUUAAUCAUCCGCAAUCUUUGUUUCGGUGAGCAGGCAGGCCGCUAGCCUACACAAAAUACAAGAAGCACUGCUAAGUAAGAAACGUUAGGCGCAAACAUGAUCAUAAAGCCAAAUGUUCCUGUUUGGGAAUAUUUCAUCUUCAAACUGAAUGAGCAAUAUGAGCCCAUCAGCACAGCCCAACUAGCAAGUCGGCAACAAAACAAGACAACAAAACAAACCGCCCAACCCAGUUUUUCCAAUUGGGGAACAAACUGCACUUUAAGAUGUUCAAUAUUUAUUGAAGUACACAUUUUGCUAACAGACAUUAAGAGUCUAUUUUAUUAUUGUGUUUGUUUACCUAUUUUGGAUAAUGAAGUUACUGACUUUACAAUAGUAAAAAUAUACUACAGUAAUGAAAAUACUGUAUGUUUAUUGUGUUUAAUGGGAUGACUUAUUACUAUUAUUAUGUAUAUAAUUAGUACUUAAUUCGGUCACAGUUAGUGGAUACUAUUCAGCUAUUCAAUAUUAUUAUUGUCAAUUAUUAUUGUCAAAUGCUUACAAUUUUGUCUUUAUGGACAAUUGCAUGCUUCUGACUACAUAUGAUAACGACCUGAAUUUGUUAAAAAGCAUUAAAUUGGUUUUGCUAAAGCCUACAGAAACUGCAGUCACAAAGGCUUGGAAUGUGGCGCUCGCCUAGUCUGGAACCUGCUUCGACUCUUUUCUGUUUUUCUUUGGUUUACUGGAUAUCAUUUAACCAUCUUACUAACAUUUGUAUUCUUAGUAUUAUGAAGAUUUCUGACUCCAGGAGAAUACAAAGGUGACCAACUCCUGUAACAAUAAAAUAGAACUUGUGUUUCGUUUUAGUUUAUUUUGUUCAUGUUAGUACCUUCUUUGUACAGCACGUGUGUCUCUUGCGUCAGUCAAGUACAUGUUGUACAUUGUAAGUAAUGUAAAUAAUUCAAUGUAUAUACUCUGAUGAUUAACUUGUGUGAUGACUGUAUUAUGCUGAUAGUAUAUAUUUGUACCAUGAAUUGAUUAACGUGGAACCCGACUUAAACAAGUUGAAAAACGUAUUCAGGUGUUACCAUUUAGUGGUCAAUUGUACGGAAUAGGUACUGCACUGUGCAAUCUACUAAUAAAAGUUUCAAUCAAUCAAUCAAUGUUGGGUUUAUUUGGGUCAGGUAGAUUCCAAAGCCAACCACUGGAAGGCGUGCUUAAUGUCAGGUACAUUGGAGAGGGUGCCAAACACUUUUACGUUUCAUAAAACCAAUUACAAUGACAAAAAACGAAUUAACAAAAGACAAAUUAAUGAUUACUUACGCAAAA